AUGGCGGACGCUUAUUGGAGGUACGGAGACGGCAGGCAGCAGCCGGCGAGCCUUGCUCCUCAUGCGGUCAAGCGACCCCGGCCGGAUUUCGUAACUUCUGUAGAGAUGCCCACUAGCCAUGAAAUGCCCAACUACUUUGCCCGCCCGGAUGAUAGAUCCGGGUCCCGUGUCGUUAGAGAUACUGACUCCAUUAAUGCUUCAUACGAUCGCUACCUUCGCAAUACACAACUGUCAUCUCAUGGUAAUGACGUUGGACGACCUGUGAGUACGGGACCUGGAGGACCUCAUUACAUUGAUGAUCCUCGUGUAAUGGCAAUUGGAGGAUCGGACCUGGCUGUGGCUGCAAAGAGCAGGCCAAUUGGAGUUGGAGGGCGCCCUGAGAUUCAACUCCCUCCUGAUGCUACAAGCACGCUGUAUGUGGAGGGCUUGCCCGGAAAUUGUAGUCGCCGGGAAGUGUCUCAUAUAUUUCGCCCCUUUGUUGGCUAUAAGGAAGUAAGGCUCGUGACAAAGGAAUCAAGACAUUCUGGGGGUGAUCCUUUGGUGCUGUGCUUUGUUGAUUUUCUGAGUCCAGCUCAUGCAGCCACAGCAAUGGACGCCUUACAAGGUUAUAAAUUUGACGAGCAUGACCGCGACUCAGCCAUACUAAGGCUCCAAUUCGCACGCUAUCCUGGUGCAAGGUCAGGGAGCGGGAAUCGGGGGAAACGUUGA